UUUCCUUCUUUUUAUUCCUCCCUUUCUCUAUGCCCUUUUUCUCUGUCCUCUUUUUAAUACCUCAACACUUGUUCUACCCCUGCCCAACGGCAUCACUGACCCCCUCAGAACGGGGUUGUUCACCCCUGACCUGGCCUUUGAGACUAUAGUGAAAAAACAGAUCCACAAACUGAAAGAGCCCAGCCUGAAAUGCGUGGACCUGGUGAUGUCCGAACUCACCACUGUCGUCAGGAAAAGCUCCAAGAAGUUAGGCUCGUACCCCAGACUUCGAGAAGAGACGGAGAGGAUCGUGACUACUUACGUCAGAGAGAGAGAAGGAAAGACAAAGGACCAGGUUCUUUUGCUGAUUGACACUGAGCUGUCAUACAUCAACACAAACCACGAGGACUUCAUUGGAUUUGCAAACGCACAGCAAAGAAAUAUCGUCAGCAAGAAAAGGGCCAUUCCCAACCAGGGUGAAAUCCUGGUGAUCCGCAAAGGCUGGCUAACCCUUAACAUCAGCAUCAUGAAGGGAGGUUCAAAGGAGUACUGGUUCGUCCUGACUGCCGAAUCGCUGUCCUGGUACAAGGACGAGGAGGAAAAAGAGAAGAAAUACAUGCUUCCGCUGGAUAACCUGAAGCUCAGAGAUGUGGAGAAAGGCUUCAUGUCCACUAAGCACAUUUUUGCAAUCUUCAACACUGAGCAAAGGAAUGUGUAUAAGGACUUGCGUCAGAUCGAGCUGGCCUGUGACUCCCAGGAGGACAUGGAUAGUUGGAAAGCCUCUUUUCUCAGAGCAGGCGUUUACCCUGAGAAAGAUCAGGUGGAGUCAGAAGAGGCCGCUCCAGCUGAUAGCUUCUCCAUGGACCCUCAGCUGGAGAGGCAGGUGGAGACCAUCCGGAACCUGGUGGAUUCCUACAUUGGAAUCGUCAACAAAACCAUCAGAGACCUCAUGCCCAAGACUAUCAUGCAUCUCAUGAUCAACAGCGUAAGCACACAACCAUUCAGGCUUUUAAAGGGGACCUAUUAUGCCUUUAUAAAAAGAUGUAAAAUAAGUCUCUUGAGUGUCUAUGUUAAGUUUCAGCUCAAAAUA